AGUGGAUGCAGCGAAGGGCUCUUCGUAAAGAUGUGACAUGCAAUUUUUGUAAUGACAAAAUAUUUGCAAGAAACUGCAAGCAAAUGCAAAUGUGCAGUCGAUGUGUGGAAUGCGACAACAUUAUACUCGAUAAUUUCAAUUAUUGUGAGUGUUGUGGCCUAGAAACAAUUAGGCAGUUAAGAAGAACCAAGGCUCGGGCACUUUCAAACCUAUUUCCAAAACAAACAAAUACAAUACAACCUGGAAUUUGUAAAUCCCAAGACUUAUUUGAUGACUUUCAGGUCGAUAACGAAGAGUUGACGCUAAUCGAACAGUCACUGACUGAUGAUGUUUCUUCGGACAACGAGAAAAAACAAGAAUCAAUGCUGUCAGCCAGCAGUGAUUUUAUUUCUUUAGAAGAAGAGGAGAAAGAAAACAUAUCAAAUGGCGGGCAGACCACCGAAGAAACGUAA